AUGGCACCUUCAAAAGUCUUCGUCGUGGGUGGCACAGGAGCUCAAGGCAUGCCCAUCAUCCGCGGACUGGUAAAAGAUAACGCGUACAGCUGCCGAGUACUCACCCGUGACGUGAACUCAGCGCGAGCCCAACAACUCCUUGCACUCGGCAACAUCGAGCUGCGAACCGGGACAUUCGCAUCGGAGAAAGAUCUUCGCAACGGAUUUCGCGGCUGCGAAUAUGCCUUUAUCAAUAUUGAUGGCUUCAACGCAGGCGAGAAGACGGAGAUUUUCUGGGCUAUGCGAGCAUACGAGUUAGCUCUCGAGGAAGGCGUAAAGUUCUUCGUCUAUGGCAACCUGGAUUAUGGAUACAAAAUGGGCGGAUACGACCCGCAGUAUCGAUGUGGACAUUACGAUGGCAAGGGUCGAGUUGGAGAGUGGAUCCUAAGGCAGAACAAGGACAAUGGUCGCCACAUGGGAGUGGCAUUGUUCACCACAGGACCUUACAUUGAGAUGGUGCUUGCGGCAGGGACAGUCAUGGCACCUGUCAUCGAAUCGGACGGGACGUUGGUGUGGAGGGUUCCGCUGGGAGAUGGUGCGGUACCUCACGUGGCCUUGGAGGACUACGAAUACUACGUCCGAUGGUUGUUCGAUCAUCAAACCGAAGCCAACGGAAUAGACUUGCAAGUCGCGAUUGACCAUAUCGAAUACGAAGAACUGGCUGCCGCAUUCACAAAGGUCACGGGUAAGCCAGCGCGAUAUGAGAAUAUCGACCUGGAGACGCACUGGAAGUUAGCCAACCUAGGACCGAAUCUCGACGUCUCAGCGGGCUACAACGCACGAAAAGAGGACGCUGCAACUUUGAGUAUUCGUCAGAACUUUACGGGCUUCUGGAAUCUGUGGAGGGCUUCUGGAGGCAAUCGAAGUGUGAUCAGGAGAGACUACACGCUGUUGGACCGUAUCCACCCCAAUCGGAUCAAGUCUGCAGAAGAAUGGUUCAGGAGGGAGGAGGAGAGGGGGCUCCAAGCAGGACUGGGAAGUUUUUACGAGCGUGCUGGUGAUCUAAGACCUGUGCUGAAAGUUUCAGAGGAUGGAUGGCGGGGACGCAUCUGA